AAAUUACCUCGGGAACUGCCCCAAAAGAGUAAACUAGCAUAUUUGACCCUUUGUAAGUUCGAGGGCUAUCCUUUUCUCCCUAAUCUUCUAAAACAAUGACACGGGGUAUCCUUCUCUGCAAACACUGAAAUCUCUUGCUUCUGAUACUUCAGAGUAGCAGGCCAAUAUUCAAAUGGCAUCUCAAGAUCACCACCACCAUGACCAUGACCAUCAUCAUCACCACAGCCAUGAAGAUUCAAGAGCAACAACAUGGGUUGGCCCAGAUGGGAAGGUAUACCACAGCCAUGAUGGACUUGCACCGCAUUCACAUGAACCCAUAUACUCACCUGGAUACUUCAGCAGAAGAGCACCUCCUCUAACCAACAGGAAUUUCAAUGAGAGAGCCUUUACUGUAGGGAUUGGCGGCCCUGUUGGAACUGGGAAAACAGCUUUGAUGCUUGCAUUGUGCAAAGUAUUGAGGGAGAAAUACAGCCUGGCAGCAGUGACUAAUGACAUAUUCACAAAGGAGGACGGGGAGUUCUUAAUAAAACAUGGAGCACUUCCAGAGGAAAGAAUUCGUGCAGUUGAAACAGGUGGCUGCCCACAUGCUGCAAUUAGAGAAGACAUAAGCAUUAACCUUGGACCUCUGGAAGAGCUUUCAAACUUGUAUAAAACUGAUAUUCUGCUGUGUGAAUCUGGUGGAGAUAAUCUAGCUGCCAACUUUAGCCGAGAGUUGGCUGACUAUAUCAUCUACAUAAUCGAUGUGUCCGCAGGCGAUAAAAUACCACGGAAAGGUGGUCCAGGAAUUACCCAAGCUGACCUCCUUGUUAUAAACAAGACUGAUCUGGCAGCAGCUGUUGGAGCAGAUCUCUCUGUUAUGGAGCGUGAUGCACUUCGCAUGCGGGAUGGUGGUCCUUUUGUGUUUGCUCAGGUGAAACACAAUGUGGGCGUGGAUGAAAUAGUGAACCACAUCUUACAAGCUUGGGAAGUUGCAACCGGUAAUAAGCGGCACUGAAUAUUUUACUGAGAUUUCUGCAUGUCUGAACCCUUCUUUAUUGCUCAGUAACUAAUGAUGAUUGGUUUCUCAAAAUCUCAUCCCUUAAAGCUCCUUCCUGAAUAAACAAGAAUUGUUGCAGAGUUCCUGCAAAUCAGAACUUUAAGAUUUGUCUUGUUUGACAGAUUUUUCUGUGAAUUUUCGUGACAGGCCACAGUCAUUUAUUC